UUCUGAAGUAAGUUCCCCAGGACAGCAACUCCUUGGGGCUCUGGAGCACCUGGAUCAUGUCUGUUCUGUGGCUGGUGCUUCUAGCAGGAGUAUCCACAUUCUUCCUGGGGGUCUUUGUAUGGGCCAUCAUACAACACUUUCUCACUGUUGAAAUUCCAUCUACCCUGAAGCAUCCAGCCAAAUUAAGGUUUUUGCAUUGCAUGCUCCUGUACCUGAUAACUCUGGGAAACAUACUAGAGAAACUGAGAAUUUGUUCCAUACCCAGGUUUUUACAAUUUGUCCAAGAUCUAAUCCUGAUAAGGAAGAACUCUAAUGUGGCGGUGACUGACAUGCAUUUUGGGACAGUUCCUGUGAGGCUGUUCAAGCCCAAAGAAGCGUCUUCCAAAUACAGGCGAGAUACUUACCAUGGCCUGGGCAGCUUCCUGGCCCAUGAGACAGACUCAUUGGUGCUGUUGGUGGGGUACCGAAAGCUUCCUGACUACCAUCACCCUGUCCCUUUCAAGGAUUGCCUGAAUGCUACUAUCUACUUCCUGAAGAACCUGGAAAUUUUGGGGGUAGAUCCCUCCCGGGUGGUACUCUGUGGAGACAGUCUUGGAGGUUGGGCUGUGGCCACGGUCACCCAGGUCUUAACAAGCAUGCCAAAUCUACCUCGAAUCCAGACUCAAGUCUUGAUUUACCCAAUUCUGCACUUCAUCAAUUUUCAGUUACCAUCAUAUCAGCAAAACAAAAAUGUGCCAUUUCUUACCAGAGACAUGUUGCUUAUGUGUGUUUGUAAAUACCUGGCCAUUGAUCUCUCUUGGACAGAUGCCAUGUCUACAGGUGCAGUUAUACCUCUGGACAAGUGGAAGAAGUACAGGAAAUGGCUCAGUUAUGAUAACAUCCCCAGAAGGUUCUGGAGACAAGACACACAACCUGAGGUUCUUGGACCUUUCAAUGAGGCUGCUUAUCUAGAAACCAAACAUGUUUGGAAUGCAGAAAUUUCACCUCUCCUAGCAGAUGACAAGAUCAUUGCUCAGCUUCCUAAGACAUUCCUGGUGAGCUGUGAACAUGAUGUUCUCCGAGAUGAUGCCUUGCUCUACAAGAGGCGCUUGGAAGACCAGGGGAUCCCUGUGAGCUGGUACCAUGCGGAGGAUGGCUUUCAUGCAUGCAUCAAUUUGUUUGAUAAGCAGCCUUUCUCUUUCCCCUGCUCCAUGAAAGUUACAAAUGCUGUUGCCCGUUACAUAAAAGACAUGUGCUAGUAAAUGUUGGGUUUCAGUGGAGUGAGUCAAGGAAUACCUAUGCAUGUACUCAGUCCUUUGCUCAGGUAUGUAUUUUAGCAAGAGGACUGAAGACAUCCAUGACGCAUGUUGGAAUUAGAUGUGGAAGCAGAGAACUCUGCUCAAUAAGUCAAAUUUGUGUUCUCUCUUAUACCACAAAUACAGUGUGUUCCAUC